AUGCCAGAUCCAGACCCUGAGUCCGCUGCAUGGACGCUGUUUUUCGAUGGAGCUUUUCGCCGCCGUUCGAGACAACACGGUGCAGGUGCAGGAGCUGGUGCCACACUAUUUCAAGGCACAGUGAACAAGUGGAACGUUGCUUGCUUCCUGCCCAGUUCAACGCACACCAACAAUACUGCUGAGUAUAUUGCUCCUAUUAAAGGUCUCAGUGGGGAUCUACAUCACGGUGUGAGCAGUCUCACGGUCAAGGGUGACAGUGCAUUGAUUCUGGAGCAAGUGCGUGGACGAUACUCCUGCAACAACGAUCAACUACGGCGUUCGCGCAACAAGGCUCGCCGACUUCUCCACCGCUUCGACCACUACGAGUUGAUUCACGUUGACAGGAUGGAGAACCAGGCUGCAGACAGAUUGGCGAACCGGGCUCUGGACAUUCAACGGACCAAGACGGAAUGCUCUGCCCAUGGCAUCGAUGGCAGUGGAGAUGAAGCUGUUGAAGACAAUCUGGAAGAUGACGAUGCUGCUGCUGAUGUCAUCCGCCGGGACAGAGGCCGGACGUUUCCAGUUCUUCCAGUUACUGCUGAUAGCGUUCCAGUCCGCCAGUCCAGAUUGAAGUUGCGAUCCAAGUUGAGUGAAGAUGAGCUUGAAGCAGCUCGACUGGCGGUGAAGCAGGUUGCUGAUGACUUUGCGGACAAGCUCACAGAUGCCGACGAUUGGGAAACAGCGGAAGGGUACCUCGCAGCGCUGACUCCGUCAUUAUACGCUGCUCUUUUGCUAUUUUCGCAGCGACCACGACCUCCAGGUCAUCCACGGCGACAAGAGUUGAGUUCAGGUCGCCAGCGAGGACGUCAAAGACCACCUCCAACACCUGGCAACCAGCAACUGAACGAAGCUCUGGACCAUUUGGACAACAUUCAGCAUGGAUCUCAGCCAUCCCAGCCUGCUAUUCGGAAGGCGCGACGACGUGCGGGACGAAUUCGGUCAGCCAUGAAGCGCACUCUGUUGCGGAAGAAGUUUCGGGUUCAUGAGAAGGCGUGCAUGCAGCAAGUUCUGUCGGAAGCGUCACCGGAUCCCGAAGUCACUGGUGGAGAAGCUGCUCCCACGCGCUGUCCGAUUGCAAGAGCAGCUGUUCAUGACUACUUCCAGGGUGUUAACACUCCUCAGCGUGAUUUUAAUUUCGAUGACAGGGCUGGUGCUACAUUUCGAAAGCUUCUGUCUGCUCUUCCGCCAGCCUCUGCAGCUAUGGAUGCUCUUACGAUGGACAUCACGCCAGAUGAUGUGGAGGUUGCUGUUCACAAAUCCCAUGCACACUCCAGCCCGGGUAUGGAUGGUGUCGGUCAUGACAUCUUCAAGAACUAUUUACCCGAGUUGUUAUCGACACUACAUGCUGCUUAUGGUGUAUGCUGGAAGCAUGGAAAGGUACCUGCUGUCUGGAAAGUAGGAUCGGUGCAGCUGAUUUACAAGAAAGGUGACCCCAGUGAACCAAGUAACUGGAGACCGAUCUGCCUUCAAGCGUGCAUCUACAAGCUCUACUCGGACAUGUUGGCGAGGCGACUAAAGCGCUGGCUGGAAGCAAAUGGCCGUUUGACUGACUCGCAGAAAGGGUUUCGAAGUGUCAACGGUACCGCCGAGCACAAUUUCGUGAGCAUGGCUGUGAUCGACCAGACCAAGAGACGCCCUCGUCCUCUCCACAUGGUCUGGUAUGACAUCAAGAACGCAUUUGGGUCGGUGCCACCGGAGCUGAUUUGGCGUGUGUUGCUGACUACCAGUGCCAGCGUCUCGUUUGUGGAUCGUCUCAAGAAUAUCUACGAUGGUGCGUCGUUUACGGUGGCCAACACGGCAGAUGGUGCGACGGACCCGAUCCAGCUUCGGAUGGGUGUUUUUCAAGGUUGUCCCCUGUCGCCCUACUUGUUCUUGGUUGGCAUCAUGCCCCUCGUCCGUGCGUUGCAAGAGCUUGCUCCGGAGAUUGGAGUGCCCGUGACGGCUGACCGUAAGGUUUCGGUGACAGCAUAUGCAGAUGACUUGAAGACAUUCAGCUCAUCCACCGUCGGUAUCAAGAAGGCACACUCGGUCGUUGUCCAGUUUCUUCGGUGGUCUACCAUGCAAUCCAAUGCUUCCAAGUGUGCCUCGCUCUCGGUCAAGACCGACACACAUGGACAUUUACGUGACGAUCAAGUGGAGCUUACACUAGACGGUGGCAUCAUUCCGUCGCUCAAGAUUUCGGAAGGGUACACGUACCUGGGUAUCGGUGAUGGCUUCAACCACGCCAAACACCGUGGCUCGAUGGGACCUGUUUUGCAAGACAUGAAGCGCAUGAUGGCACCGAUUUUUCGUUCAUCACUGGAUCCGUGGCAAAAGAUGAAGGCGAUCAAGACGUAUGUUUUCCCGAAAGCAGAUUAUCUGCUGCGACACGUACGAGCCUACAAGACCCAGCUGGACAGUGUGGACUCAGCAUUGGCACGUGGUUUAAGCCAUCUUCUGAAGCUCAACCAGUCCAGUACGACUGCAAUGUUUCACGCUCCAGUUGCCGCCGGUGGUUUGGGUUUCACUCCACUUGUCGACCUUAGAGCUGUGCUACAGAUAAGUCAUGCCUGGCAGAUGCUGCACUCCUCCGAUGUGCUUAUUCGUGAGAUUGCUCAAGAGCAAGUGUGGCAGGCAAUCCAGAAGCGAUUCACCAUGGACCCGGACCAUUGGCGUGGACGUAUACCUACUGCCAUCCAGCUCUUUUUGAAUGGUGAUCUCGAUUCUUCUCCAUUUGCCCGUCAGAAGCGCAAGUCGGGGGAUAUUGGUUCGUUAUGGGUGGAUGUCAAGAAUCAUCUUGCGACCCGUGGAUUGAAGUUGACGACGGAAACAGUGCUCACGGAAGCUGGAACUGAGGUGGAAAUGAUGUUGCAGCUCAAGUUACCACAUCGAUCGCAACCACUACCGCACAGCGACAUCACCAGGCAGCUUCGCCAUCAUUUAAAACUGACGGAGCUUGAGCGGUGGAAAGGAUUGAGUGCCCAGAGUUCCGUUGUGCGAGCUAUUGGUGGAGUUGGAAGCUGUUUUCUUUCUCGUGGUGGUGGAAUGAGCGACGCAGAAUUUCGUUUUGCUUUGCAGGCUCGGGUUGAUUUGGUACCCACUCGAUCGGUUCUUCGACGUUGGAAUGAGCGUGGGGGUGCAACCUGUCGCCACCCCAGAUGCCAUCACGAUGAAACGCUCCCACAUGUUCUUCAGCACUGCCCAGGCAAUUCUCGGGCCAUUGAUGGUCGUCACGACCGUGUUCUUGGGAUAAUCAAGAAAGCGGUUGAGCCCAUUGUUUUCAAGUCCUCCAGUCGUCUGACGGCUUGCUUUGACACAUACGUGGAGGGUCUACCGGGUCGUCAACUGCGUCCAGAUAUCCAGAUUUUUGAUGCGGCUUCGAGGACCGCCUACAUUUGUGAUCUCGCUAUUGCCUUUGAAGCUCAGAAGACGGACGACCCUGCUACAGGCAACAUGCGCGUUCGUCAUGCCGAGAAGUUGGUCAAGUACCAGCGUGCAAAGGAGUUUCUGGAGACGAUGGGAUGGCGCGUUCAAGUUUCAGCUUUGGUGUACGGAUCGUUGGGAUCAGUGUUGCCCUCCAACUCCAAGGUGUUGACGGAGCAGCUACGUCUGACCAAGAUGCAUGCCAAUCAACUCAAUCGUCGGAUUUCGGUGGCAUGUGUUCAGGCAAGCUACAAGAUAUGGAGGCUACAUUCGGGAGAGUUGAAUUCAGGAGAUACGUCAAGAAACUCGAGGCCAACUGUGGCUCCCACGGCUACAUCGACCUCGCCGAGCACCAGGACCUAUGACCCAUCCGCUCACGACUCCUGUCCCUCCACGCCGGACCAGCACACGAUGGGGACCUCGCCGAGGUCACGUGACUUCAUCUGCUGCUCCGGACACCCAGUCAAGGUCAAGACAGCACCCACCACAUCAACACUUGACUCGGACCUCGCAUUCUUCCGGACAGCCACGCUCAAGGUCGACUCACCAGCCUAG